CCAACUCACAAACUUGAGCCUAAUCGCAUGAACCACACUAAAGCUCGUCUCUCUCCUUUGGUGAUUGUGAGAAUGCCAGAGUGCUCACAACUAUAGCUUGCAACAACGAAAACAUGUUCAACUUCAACAGAUAUGACCUCAAGAAAACUACUAUCCAGAACCCACUUCAACCCCAUACCACCCAUCAUCAGAAACUCACUCUUUUCCUCCCAAGAAACACCCACCCCAUCAAACCCACCUUUUUUCUCCAAGGGCCCAACCCUCUUAGCCACAGACCUAAUCAAGUCCUACUUCGAAAAGGGCUUAACCAAAGAAGCACGUCAAGUGUUCGAUGAAAUGUCUGAGAGAGAUGUUGUUACUUGGACUGCCAUGAUUGCUGGGUACACUUCUUGCAGUCACCACAGCAGUGCCUGGGGUGUGUUCUGUGAGAUGGUUGGGAGUGAUAUGGAGCCGAAUGCGUUCACUUUUUCAAGUGUGCUUAAGGCUUGCAAGGGAAUGAAGGCUCUUUCGUGUGGUGCAUUGGUUCAUGCGUCGACGGUCAAGUAUGGAAUGAAGGGUUCUAUUUAUGUGGAGAAUGCGCUUAUGGACAUGUAUGCUAGUUGUUGUGUAAGUAUGGACGAAGCGUGCAAGUUGUUUAAUGAGAUUGAUGAGAAGAAUGCUGUGACUUGGACUAGUUUGAUCACUGGUUAUACUCAUAGAGGUCAUGGCUUUGACGGCCUUCAAGUUUUCCGUAGAAUGUUGCUGGAAGAAGUGGAACCAAACCCAUUUAGCUUUUCAAUUGCGGUUAGAGCCUGUGCUUCAGUUGGCGCGCAUACUUUUGGCAGGCGAAUACAUGCAGCUAUAAUUAAGUACGCCUUCGAGGCCCAUCUUCCAGUCAUGAAUUCCAUACUGGACAUGUACUGCAGGUUUGGUUGUUUAUCGGAGGCAAAUCAGUACUUUGAUGAAAUGAGCCAAAAGGAUUUGAUCACCUGGAAUGCCUUAAUUUCCGGAUAUGAAAAAUCGGAUCCUAGAGAGUCCCUACGUAUGUUUUCCCGUAUGGAGUCUGAAGGCUUUAGUCCGAAUUGCUUCACAUUAACAAGUGUUACUGCGGCCUGUGCUAACUUGGCCGUUUUGAACUGUGGUGAACAAGUUCAUGGUGGAAUUAUCCGUAGAGGUUUUAACAAGAACUUAGCAUUGGCUAAUACACUUAUUGACAUGUAUGCCAAGUGUGGAAGCGUUACUGAGUCACACAAAAUAUUUAGUGAAAUGUCUGAUAGAGAUUUAGUCUCCUGGACUUCCAUGAUGGUUGGUUAUGGGGAUCAUGGAUAUGGGAAAGAGGCAGCUGCUCUGUUCGAAGAGAUGGUAAAGUCUGGUAUUAGGCCAGACCGAAUAGUGUUUAUGGCGGUUCUCAGUGCUUGCAGUCAUGCUGGACUUGUAGAUGAAGGCUUGAGAUAUUUCAAUUCAAUGAUAAAGGGUUAUAAGGUUACUCCAGAUAAGGACAUAUAUUGUUGUGUGGUGGAUUUGCUGUGCCGUGCUGGGAGAAUUGAGGAAGCAUAUGAGUUGAUAGAGAGCAUGCCAUUUAAGGCUGAUGAGGCGGUUUGGGGUGCAUUUCUUGGAGCUUGCAGAGCACAUAAGCUUCCACGUUUGAGCAGAUUAGCUGCUCAAAGGAUAUUAGAUUUGAGGCCAAAGAUGGCAGGAACAUAUGUAAUGCUGUCAAAUAUUUAUGCCGCUGAGGGUAAAUGGGGGGAAUUUGCCAAUAUGAGGAUGUUGAUGAGAGGAAUGAAAAAGAAAGAAGCAGGACAGAGUUGGAUUGAGGUAAGAAAUCAGGUUUAUGGUUUUGUUGUAGGAGAUAAGAUGGGUUCUCAUAUGAAGUGGGUUUAUGGGGCUUUAGAAUUUCUGAUUUGGCAUAUGAAAGAGGCAGAGCACCCAACUGAUUUGGAUUGUUCUAUACAUGACCAAGAUAAUGGAACUUGAACAGUAGUUGAAGCAACUUCUUGAGAUAUAAAUAUAUUGAUUGGCAUGGCAUUCUAUUGUUGUGAACACGCAUCAUAAUGGACAACAUGGUA